AUGUUUCAAUCUGUAUCUGGAAUUUCUCCACAAACUUGUACUAAUGGAUUUUAUUGUAAGAAUAUUGGAACUACUGAUACUUCAAUUAAUGUAAAAAAUUUUUGUAAAUUGGCACAUGACAAAGAAUACAUAUUUUCGGCUAUGGCAUUAAGAAGAGGGCAAAAAUUUCAUAUUCGAUUAGAAGUACUGGAUAAUAGAAAUUUUAAUUUGUUACCAUCUAAUCAUUUGCUCCUACCUGAAUGUAUGCUUUUUACAGAGAUAUUUGCAGUAAGUGGUAGAAAAUUUGAAAUGGGAAUACAGGAGUGUGUAUUUUUUUACAAUGAUAAUGGUGAAUUUAUUAUGGAAAAUUUAAGUCUUAAUGAAUCUUCAAGAAUUGGUUGUGUUGUUCCUCAUGAUAAUUUGUGGAUUGUUUUCAAAUGUUCUAUUUCUUUUCCAAAUCUCUUUUUUGUGAGAUCUCCAAUGGAUACUGGGUAUAAUGGAAAUUAUGAAGGAAAUGUUCCUGUAAUCACACGUUUAUUGCCAGGUUAUUUUGAUGACACAUCCAAAAGAAAUACAGCUGUGUAUAAUGAUCCAAAUAAUAGUCCUGAAACUAAUAAACUUAGAUUAAAAAGUUUUUUAGCUACCAAAGGAAUAUGUCUUGGUAGACCAUUUUACAAUUCAAUCAUACCUUUAGAAGAUUCUAUUAUACCUUUACAAAAUCCAAUUCUUCAUCAACAACUAAAUAAUUGUUAUAUUGAUCAAACAAAACCUUUACAAACAGAAAUAAAAAUUUUAGAAAAAUCUAAAGAAAAUGAAGAUAAUAAAUCAUGUGUAGUUUGUUUAACAGAAUCAAAAACAUGCUUGUGUUUUCCAUGUGGUCAUGUUUGUUUUUGUGAUAAAUGCUCAAAAUUAUUUUCACAAAAUAAUAAAUCAUGCCCAAUAUGUAGACAAGAAAUUGAAGGUAUUUGUAAAGUAUAUUAUUAA